AUGCCUUCGACUGCCCUUCCCAACGGGUCUGGUCGCCGACCAGACCUUCACCUUGUUACUGAAGAUGAUUUCCUCUACGAGCAGGAUAUCCAGCGGCAUCCAGGAAGCACCAAGCCAUGGCUUGCCUAUAUCGAGUUCAAGCUCCAGCACGGGGCGAUGCAGGAACAGGCCUUCGUAAUGGAACGAGCAUGUCUCCAGCUCCCUCGCUCGUACAAGCUCUGGAAGAUGUAUCUGAGCUUCCGAACCAAGCACGUCGCAAAGCUCAAUGCGGCGAUAUUUGCGGCAGAAUACCGCAAAGUCAACACCCUUUUUGAGCGCGCCCUGGUUCUCCUGAAUAAGAUGCCGCGGAUAUGGGAGAUGUACCUGAAAUUCUUGAUGCAACAGUCCCUGGUGACGCACACGCGACACACGUUCGAUAGGGCUCUCCGAGCGCUUCCAAUCACACAACACAACCGGAUAUGGGCCCUGUACCGGCCAUUCGCGAACUCGGCGGCGGGCGAGACUGCCGUCAAGAUUUGGCGUCGAUACAUGCAGGUUCAUCCGGAAGAUGCUGAGGACUUUAUCGAGCUGCUCAUCCAGGUCGGCCUCUAUACCGAGGCCGUGCAAAAGUACAUCGACAUCUUGAACAAUCCUCGGUUCAACAGCAAGAACGGCAAAGGGCACUACGAAUUGUGGAGCGAGAUGGUAGACCUCAUGGUCGAACACGCCACCGAGGUGCAGACUGGCCAUGAAACAGGGAUCGACGUCGAGCGGAUCAUUCGAAGCGGGAUCGAACGAUUUGCCGACCAGAGAGGCAAGCUGUGGUGUGGUCUGGCGACCUACUGGAUCCGGCGGGGUAGCUUUGAGAGGGCUCGAGAUGUGUUCGAGGAGGGCAUCACGACCGUCAUGACUGUUCGCGACUUCACCCUGGCCUUCGAUUCGUAUGCGGAAUUUGAGGAGUCCAUCAUCGGCGCACUCAUGGAGGUGGCCUCGACGCGCGCCGAGAAAGGCGUGGUGGACGAGGCAGCUGAUUUCGACCUGGAUAUCCGGAUGAUGCGGUUUGAGCAUCUCAUGGACCGGCGGCCAUUCCUCCUAAACGACGUUCUGCUGCGCCAAAACCCCAACAACGUUGCCGAAUGGGAGAAGCGUGUCGCUCUCUGGGGAGAGAAUAAGCAGGAGGUCGUCCAAACGUAUACCGAUGCCAUCGCAGCGAUCCAGCCGAAGAAGGCGAUCGGUGCCUUCCACAAGCUCUGGACGAAUUAUGCCAAAUUCUACGAGGCAGCGGGCGAUUUGCGGAAUGCGCGCGUCAUCAUGGAGAAGGCCGUCAAGGUUCCCUUCAAGUCGGUGGCCGAGUUGGCGGAUAUGUGGAUAGAAUGGGCCGAGAUGGAGCUCCGCAAUGACAACUUUGAUGAAGCAGUCAGGAUAAUGGCCAAGGCCGUCCAGGCUCCGAAGCGGUCAACUGUGGACUAUUUCGACGAGACUUUGUCGCCGCAACAGAGGGUCCACAAGAGCUGGAAGUUGUGGAGCUUCUAUGUUGACCUUGUCGAGAGCGUCGGCUCGCUAGACGAGACGCGGAAAGUCUACGAAAGAAUAUUCGAACUGCGCAUCGCGACUCCACAAACGGUGGUCAACUACGCCAACCUUCUGGAGGAACACAAGUACUACGAGGAAUCAUUCAAGAUCUACGAGCGCGGUCUCGAUCUCUUCAGCUAUCCCGUUGCGUUUGAGCUCUGGAACCUAUACCUGACAAAGGCGGUCGAUCGGAAGAUUGGUAUCGAGAGGCUGAGAGACCUGUUCGAACAAGCCGUCGAAGGCUGCCCGCCCAAGUUUGCAAAGAUACUGUAUCUCAUGUAUGGCAAUCUUGAGGAAGAGCGCGGGCUGGCACGGCACGCCAUGCGCAUAUACGAACGGGCGACACGCGCCGUCUCGGACGAGGAUCGCGCCGACAUGUUCAACUUCUACAUCACGAAAUCGGCAUCCAAUUUCGGCCUGCCCUCGACCCGGCCGAUCUACGAGCGGGCCAUUGCGGCGCUCCCCGACAAGGAGGCGCGCGACAUGUGCCUCAAAUUUGCAGACAUGGAGAAGCGCCUCGGCGAGAUCGAUCGUGCAAGGGCCAUCUACGGCCACGCCUCGCAGUUCUGCGAUCCGCGCACAAAUCCCGGGUUCUGGACCAAGUGGGAGCAAUUCGAGGUCCAGCACGGCAACGAGGAUACGUACAAGGAAAUGCUGCGGAUCAAGCGCAGCGUCCAGGCGCAGUACAACACCGACGUCAACUUCAUCGCCUCACAGGCUCUGGCGAGGAGUCAGAAGCGCGCGGAGGAGGAGGCCGGCGAAGAGGCCGACCCGGAGGUUGCCGAUGCGAUGGAGCAACUCGAGAGGCAAGCCCGCGCUCCUGCGGGCUUCGUCGCUGCUACCGACGGUCCUACGGGUGGCAUUCCUGGCCAGCCGGCGGUUGCGUCAAAUCCCGACGCAAUCGAUCUUGAUGAUAUGGACGAAUGA